GAUGGUAUAACAUAAUAAAAUUUCACUGGUUGUGUAAAAGUUGGGGGUAAACAGAGGUCACACACAAGAAGAAUUCACUUAGAAUUUCUACGUACUACAAUGAAAAUAAUAGUGAAGGGAAUCCGUGGGGGCAGUUGUGUUGUCGAUGCCCAAGAGAGCACCACAAUCCUGGAACUGAAGAAAAAAGUAGCCACUGAUAUCAACAUUCCAGUGGCACAACAGACGAUGGUUCACUUUGGAAAGACUUUACAAGACGACAAAACAGUAGGAUCAUACCCAAAAAUCAAAGAUGGGGCAAAACUCUACGUUGCUGUAAAAAAACCCGAUACACUUCACUCAGCAUUAACGCGUUUUCUUCGCCAGUAUUACUCCGAUCAACAGUGCAGCGUAAUUGUGGAUGAAUUCAUGAAAGACUUUCAAAACAAAGUGAAUAACUUGAGUCUUGAUGAUUUAGAGAGGAUAGCAAAAGCAGACAUGGACAACAGCGCUUGAAUCUCGCCGACUUUUUUUGUACCUCGUAAAUAAUAAACUAUUAUUACAUGUA